AAAUCGACAACAACGACAUCGCACGUUUUCAUGGCGGAAGCUCCUUCGCUUCUCUCUCUAUGCAUCGCCCUAGUCACAGAUGAGAUUGUUCAAAGGGAUGACGUUCCACCGGCUCUCUACGACCUUCCUCCUGACUUGUUGGAUACCCUGGCUUUGCAGUUGCCGCCCUUGGCUUUACACAAUUUACAAUCUGGAAUGCCAUUUGAGCUCCAGAAUGAGGAUGAGUAUGAUAAUGGUUGCCUUGUGGAUGGUCGGAAGCGCAGAAGGUCCUCUAAUUUUAAUUUAGCAUGGAAGAAGAAUUUCAACUUACGAUGGUCAAAGCUAACUGAUGCUAUCCAGCCAGUUGACUGGCAGCAGAUAUAUUGGGAAAGGCACUUGCAAAGUUGCCUUGAUGAAGCAGCAGAAAUAGCCUCACUACCAUCUUUUUCUAAAUGUAUUGGAGAAAUAGAGAUGUCAGAUUCUAUAUUGAAAUAUAUUGCCAGCGAAAAAUCUAUUCAUUUCUGGCGUGCAAAGUAUAGAAAUUUAAGCUAUCAUUGCCAAGAAUUUGGGUGUUAUGCUCUAUGUUUGAUGCUUCAGAGUGUUCUCUGUGUUUCGGAAAUCUGUCAUAUAUUAAGAAGCUGCAAGUUGCAGAAGUUGGUGUUAAGGUGGAUCAGAUUCCCGGAGCAAGUUAAUGGAUUAUGCAAACUCCUAAGCCAAAACAGGGAAACUUUAACUUCCCUUGAACUCAUUCAUUGCAAGCUAUCUUCAACUUCUGUUAAUUCAAUUUGUGAUGCUCUAAUCCAUAAUAGAAAAACACAUGGUAUACUGCACUUCUCAAUCAAUGCAUCACACUUUGAUGAAACUGACCCUGUUGCUCUGCCUUCGGGACUGGUAUCAUUUUUUUCAUCGGGAAGGUAUUUAUAUUCUUUCAAACUCUGUGAUAACGACCUGGGUAAAAAUUUUGGGAAACUUGUCUUUCAUACUCUUCUUGAUGCUUCAUCUUGUUUAUCUGCCCUUGAUCUUUCGGAAAAUAAAAUGACAGGAUGGCUCUCCAAUUUUAAUAGAAGAUCUUUGACCGGCCUUCAGGCUUCUUCUAUGGUUGGAAAAUCCUUGCAAUCACUGCGUGUACUCAGUUUAAGGGGCAACGGGCUAAAGAAAGAUGAUGCAGAUAACUUAAGAUAUGCUUUGUUUCAUAUACCAAACUUGGAGUUCCUGGAUAUAAGUGAUAAUCCUAUUGAGGAUGAUGGAAUCAGGAAUUUAAUCCCCUAUUUUAUUGAAGCUUCUGAAAGAAGCUUUCCCUUUGCUGAUCUGAAUUUAGAGAACUGUGAGCUUUCAUGUGAUGGAGUCACGCAACUCUUGAAUGUGCUGUCAACUUUAAGGAAACCACUAAGGUCUCUUUCUGUUGCAGAUAAUAGCCUUGGAAGCUCUGUAGCAGGAGCUUUGGGCGUUUUCAUGGGGAAAUCCAUUCAAAUACUGAAUGUCGAAGGCAUUGGCUUGGGUCCAUGCGGGUUUCAGGAUUUAGUUGAAGGGGUAACUGAAGGGUCAAAUAUUGUGAACAUCAAUAUAAGCAAAAAUCGUGGUGGGAUAGAGAUAGCAACAUUUUUGUUGAAGCUUUUGUCUGGGGGAUCAGAUCUUGUUUCUGUCAAUGCGUCUUACAAUCUAAUGCCCGUUGAAUCCUUAGACAUCAUACGUUCUGCCCUGAAAAUUGCUAAAGGUAAACUCGAGCUAUUGGACUUGAGGGGAAAUAAUUGGGAUGAUCAAAAGGCUCAAGAUUCAUUGGUCGCGGAGUUUCAGAACAGUGUUAAGAAAAUUUUAAUAUACUCAUCAUCACCAACUUUAGAUGGACUUUAUGACGGUGAUCCGUAGUUGACUUGGCUGUGGUAUCAUGACUAUUCAAGCUAAGGAAAUUAUUGGGACUGAAUUUACAACCCACCAAACAUGCAUUGUCAAGCUGUCUUUGACAUAGUUAGUUUUUUGCUUUAUUUAUAACUAUUUUUGCCUUCACUUCUAGUAGUAAAAGCAGAUAGUGCGUCUUUGAUUAUGCUCCGUUAUUGGUAAAUGCAUUUAGCUGUAAAGAAAUAAUGUAUGUAGGAAAUAUGUAUCAUUGAUUAUUAUUUAUAGAAAUAGGACCUUCUGUGUCAGACCCUUGCCACCAAUUAUUUUGGCUGAAUGUGCUUUGAAGAUGUAUUCUGUGGCUCAAGAAUGAUCUACAAUCAUACAAUCAAUGUUAUAUUUUAUUUUA